CACUUUUUCCCUCACCCCACCCUCGUAGUGUUUUGAUCAUCGAGCGACGCGCCAGAUAAAGCAAUCAAGUCCCAAAGAAGAACAUCCGUCCGUCCGUCUAUUCGAUGCUGUUAGGGGUGUGGAAUUUGAUGUUGCUGCCGUUUAUUGACCAACUCAUUGUGGCCCAGAUAAUAUACCAGAUAAGAGUAGACAAAAUGCAAAAUAUUUCAGACACUAAUAUAAAAUAUCAUCAACCAACUUAUCGGCGCACAUAGUUUUGCGAAAUUCGGCAACGACGAGACGCAACUCGUCGCAGAAACAAUAGCAUUAAAAUUUUAAAAGUUUUCUUUAGCCCCUAAAUUUGGAGCUUUACACAAUCGAGUUGGAGUCAACUAAUACCGAACGAAUAGUAAACCUGCGUAAAAGCAAACUACUAAGGAGUCAACAUGUACCAACUAACAGUUGCAAUGUUGCUCUUGGCCGCCGGCCUGCAAUUGGCGCAGUCACAACUGCCACCCAACGCAGCACUGCCAUCCCAAAAGGGUUUGGUACGUUUACUAUUCACCUCGCGAAUUACGGCGCUGAAUCCACAGGUGUCUGUCGCCUGUUUCACCGAUUACAUAGCGUAUUCGAGUGCCAUCGGCGAGGCCUACGGUCGAAAAUACAAAAGUUGCCUGCUCGAAGCGAGCGAGGAACGCAAACAAAUUGAUAGCGAUUCAGUGUUGGAGCGUCGUGAAAUUGUCGAGGCUUCAGAGGCGGUGUGUAGCAGUCUACGUACAUGCAAUGACUUGAACAACACAUUGGAGCUGUUCAAUUGUCAUACGAAAAUUGGCACGGACAAUACCAAAUUCACGUACAGCAUUUCAGGCAAUGCCUCGCAAUAUGCCACCGUAUUGCAAGAACGUUAUCGCCUAAUCGAUUUGCAUCAUGAACAAUGUUGUAACGCUGCCGAACGACGAUAUGUAACCGAUACGGCUAACAACUACAACUAUCUGCAAAGUUGUCUAGAUGGCACGGUCAAACCACGCCCCCCUCCUACAGUCGCGCCAGCAAUAAGUACAACAGCGAGUAGUAGCACCAGUUCCACAUCCACCACCACAACUAGUACUACAACAACGACCACCGAAGCGCCACCAUUGCCACCGUUCGAUACAACGCCAUCAGCACAACCGCCACCACCGCUGUUGGGCGAUGAAGUAACCACUACCGAGCAAAAUCAAGAGAUUCAAGCACAAGUUGACAAGAUUUUAAACUUGUUAAAUUAACCUCCGUUAGAAUUAAACGAUUCUUCGGGGGUUAAGUGUGAAAUUGAAGCAAUGGACAAAUACAUAGGGGAGAACGUCCGUUGUUUACAAAGCUUUAGAGGUUGAAAUUGUAAAGUGAAAAUAAAUA